CCUGGCAACCUGGCAGCGUGUACGGAGACCGCUUGGCAAUCUGGCAAUGCGGAAAUAGAUCUGGCACCCCCGAGUCCGGACUGAGGAGAGAGGCGUGACAGAGCGAGCAGAGAGGAGAGGGGAUUGCUUUGACAAAGAUAAAAUAAUCAACUCUUUCUUUCCUGUGAGCUGUUUUUUCUUUUUUAAUUAAAGUGCUCAGGUGCGCUCAUCUGCACUAGCUGGGAUUUUUUUUUCUCCCCAGAAUUUGUUUCUUAAUUUGACAAGUCUGAGAGGAGCAAAGAAGAAGUGCGUUUUUAAUCGUUUGGAUUCCGGACUUCUUUACUGAGUUUUCCUUUUUUUGCGUCAAGCAUGGAUGUGCUGGCGAAUUACAGUAUUUUCCAGGAACUCCAACUCGUUCAUGACACUGGUUAUUUCUCUGCGAUGCCUUCCCUGGAGGAGAACUGGCAGCAGACAUGUCUAGAGUUGGAGCGGUAUCUGCAGACGGAGCCCAAGCGUCUCUCAGAGCUCUUUGAUGAGGAGCUGGACUGUCUCUUAACACCAGCCUUCAUGCAGGGUGGUGACAGUGAUGAAGACCUGAUGGACCCCCUCCUUCCCAGCCUCCCUGACCAGCCCAGCCCACUUCCAUUACUGGUAACCCUCCCCAAGGUCCAGACCAAAAUCGUCCAGGUGCCCAACACCAGCAAGACCCAAGCACAGGUGGGGACUGAAACCCUCACACCAAAGGACCAAGUCCUUGCAGGAGUCAGUGCCGCACAGCUUAGCGCCGCUGUUACGUCCCUAACACCGCCAUCGUCACCAGAGCUCGGCCGCCACCUGAUCAAACCCACACAAACACUGACUGCGACAGCAGAUGGCACACUAACGCUCAAACUUGUGGCGAAGAAAGUAGGGUUAGGGGCGGCUAAACUGGUGGCUGCACGAGCGCUACCGUCACCGCCGAGCCGAGGAGGAUCCCUCAGUGACGGCGAGCAGGGAGGAGGAGGAAGUCUGGGAGGAGACGUACCAGAGAACAAAAAGAGAGUCCACCGGUGCCAGUUUAAUGGCUGCAGGAAGGUUUACACCAAGAGCUCCCAUCUGAAGGCACAUCAGAGGACUCACACAGGUGAGAAGCCCUAUAAGUGCUCAUGGGAGGGCUGUGAAUGGCGUUUUGCCCGCAGUGACGAGUUGACACGACACUACCGCAAACACACCGGAGCGAAGCCAUUCAAGUGCAACCACUGUGACAGGUGUUUCUCUCGGUCAGACCACCUGGCCCUGCACAUGAAGAGGCACAUCUGAGGGCAAAAAGAAAAGGAGUGGGAGAGGGAAAGAAGCAAGAGGAGAGAGAGGAGGAGGAGAGGUAGGAGGAGAGAGGGAUGGGCAGUCGAGCUACCAACCACCCGCCUCGUUCACCCCGUCUAUAAACCAGUCGGCGGCCAUGACGCCUGCAGGGCAGCGCAUCCAUCUGAGAGGGCCAUGAAGAUCAAACGGACUGACGGCCUUCUCAUUGGAGACGGGGAUUGGAGGAAAACGAGGAGUAGCUAGAUUGUUGUUUUUCUUUAAAAUUACACACUCACACACUCGCAAUAGUGAACACACCUGUCUUUGAAUGCAUCAUCCCGGUGAACCCCGGCUGCUCUCACGUGGCUCUGGGGGCUUGGACACUGCCAAACCAACAUAUACUUAACUCACUUAAUGAAACAUUACGCCGCCUUUUUUCUUUCUCUGUAUUCAGUGUGUUUAAACCAUAAAGUCACUUUGGGUGAGGAGAUAGUUCAGUGGGGAAACUUUAAAUAUCCAUAUAGUCAGUUGUUAGUGCUUUACCGGCUUUUGAAAUCAAAUACUCAACUUUUUUCUUUGUUUUUUACUGUUUCUCAUAUACGGAACAUAAGAAACCAUCAUCUGCCGCAGUCAGCUUCAGUAAUCUAUGUGAAGAAAACAACAAUGCCAGAUCUGCAGGAGAGUGACUGUACAGAUUGAUUCUAGCAUAGCUGACAAUCGAACCCAGGGCCCGGACGCUGGGUGUUUUGGUGCACCCAUGGGACCUCGGUCAGCGAGGUGCUGCUACAGCUCCCAGGCUCUCCUCCAGUGGGUGUUUGCAUCUCUCACCUUCACUGAGACGCCUGCCGCCUCCGCAGGCCAUCUGACAGAAAUGCGCAGCGACACUUUCUUCCCUUUUUUUCUACUUAGAGGACGAUAAUUCUUCUUAUUGUUGUUAUUACAAAGAAUGACACUUUGUUAUUUUCUCUCUUGGAGAAAAUGUCUUAAAACUCACUGAAUUUUGUUUGAGAGAAAAAAAACUGAGAAUCUAAGAUGACUUCAACAGAAUGUGUGGGAUGAGAAGGAGAGCGUUGUUGGUCUUUUAAAUCCCCAUGUGCACCGGCUGUGCUUCUGCAGUCUGCAAGCAACCAGUGGAUGAACAAAACAAAAAAACCGAAUCAUACCAACUCUCAGAAAAGGGAUUUGUAUUUUUUUGGACUAUAAUGAAAGCAGAGAGCGGAGAGGUCUUCAGUUUUUUGUGCUGCUCUUUCUGCCCUGCGAUUCACUCCAGCUGAAAAACAAAACCCUUGCAUGACCCUCCGUGGUCUCGCGCUCUACCGGAGUCAGGCGGAGGACUCGCUAAAAACUGGAAACCUGUUUUCUCUUGUUUUUUGGUUGUUUUUUUUUGCUUUUUGUUGAUUCCAAAAGUCAUCCUGGAGCGUUUUCACAGACUCACGGAUCCCAUCUCCCUGGCAGCACUGCGGGGAAAGAACGGAGGCCGGAGAGCUGCUUUUUGGUUAUUCACGUGGGACUUAACGACGCCAGCCAACCUUUGUGUGGUGGCGCUGAACAGACACGGUCACAUUGGCCCGGUCAAAAUUUGCCUGUUUCAUAUCCAUUGACUGCACUGACUUUUUUUCAAUGUUAUCUGUGCUUUUUUUUCUACAGCGAAAAAAAGAACACAAAGAAAAAAAAUCAUAAAAAGACUUGAAAACACAAAAACAAUUCUGUCUCGCUCUACACAUUGUAUACAGAACAAGCACACAUACUCCGUCAACACGCAUAUACACACACACACACACACACACACACAGACUUACACUGCAGUUUUUUGCUCACGGCUCCUCUUGAGAUAAGACUAAUAAGAUUUAGGAAAAUAAUUAUUAAACUAAUGAACAGAGUUGGAAAACAAAACACUGCAUGGCAGGCUUUAUUGCAAACACACACACCAGCUCAUGUGCGCACACACACACACACACACACACACACACACAGACAUACACACACACACACACUCUUCCUGGAAUUAUAUGUUCUGCUCCCAGAUCUUUUUUCACAGUAGGAAUUUAGCAACUGUUGUUUAGUAGAAGAAUAUCUUAGCUCUCGGCUGGAGGUAACAAACGAUUCCAAAUCCUUUGAAGUGAGAAAUCAGCUUGUUCUCAGUUCCAACAAUCACCCACAUAUCCCUCGCUACAGUUGGUGCCUCUCAUUUAAUCAGCGUUUUUACUUCAGAGACUCUGCUUACAUUGUUGGUUACAAUUGAUGGAAUAAGCCCCUGUUUUCAUCAAAAAUAAAUAGAAGUAAAACAGUUGCACCAGGUCUUUUAUCAAAACCCACAACAUUGUUGAAAACAUGUUGAUAAUCCACAGAGACCCUUCAAUCCUGCCUAUUAUGUACAGUACAUUUGAAUGUCCUCAAGAUGAAUUAGAUAGCAACCAGAAGCAUCAACCCAGCAGGUUCCUUAGAAAUCUGGUAAAUCAGCUUUCCAAUCAUGCAAAAGUGCUGGAAGAACGACUGAAACUUUGGAGAAAAUCUGGUUUUUAGGUAAACUGUCAUUGGGAUCACAAGCUCCUCAGACUUUUUUUUAUGUUUUAUGUCCGCGUAACUGCGUCCAUUGCUGAAGCUUCCAUUUCAUAAGAUAAAGCAAAUCAACUUAAAGGUAUCCUGUGAUAUUUUAGGCAAUUGAGUUUUCAUUUGGUUUAUAUUGUGAACACACACAUUUAUGUGUGAGCACACACAAUACACAUUCCUGCCAUCGGUUUCCCGGUAUUCCCGCUGAUUAAGAGUUGGCGGCAGUAAUGUGCAGAGAAGCGUAGGAAGAAGAAGACUGCUAGCUAUAGCCAACAAGCGAGUAAACAAUGCAGCAUUUGAAAUAUUUCAGGAAAUUGGCUUUGCUGAUGUUUCAUGAGGGAGGAAAUACAUUUUUUGGACCUUUUGGUGUGAGUUUACUAAAAGCAAACAUAACUUUGUUUACAAGAAAACUCCAGAGGGUACCUUUAAAAUCAGCUUCACCGCAUCUGGCUAAUGAAAGUCAAACUUCAAUCUUUUAAGAAAUACUCACAUCCCAACAUAACUUUCUUUUAGUAGAGACUUGCACAACGUCUAGGUUGACAAAAAUGUCUCGGAAAAUGAUUUCCAUUAGCAUGAAUAGGAACCCAAGUAAAAGGCUCUUAGCCACUGUACAUUUAAAGUAAUAUUGUAUAUUUUGUUCUUAUGGUCCAGUUACACCAGCAUUUAUGUUGGCGAUAUGUUGCACAGAAUUCAUUGGAUUUUGACAGAAAAGUCACAGAAGAUUUUUGCCAAAUUUAACUUUGACUAAGAUGAAUACAUUUUUAUGCCAAAGGCUGGUGCGAUGAUGCUAACAGUUGUGUGCUAACUUGCUGGCUAGUAAUUCAGCUUGCAAACAAAAAAGUAAAAAGCAAUGUCGUUCUGCCACUUCUUAUGGGCAUGUGUUCAAAAACACAAUAAGGUUGGUUAAAUCACUUGCGGGGUUUUCAAAGAUACACUUAACGUUUGAAUUCUAAUGUGAAAAAUGAUACAUGAGAGGUGAAAACUGGGGCGAGCGCAUAUCUACAACGCCUGCUUCCUUUGUUCAAUGGUUGCAGAAAAAAUAAACUUGCCUUGCAAUCAGGGCAUUACUGAUACCGCCAACACCAACACUGACACCGCUGCUCCAUCCGCCCACCACCCCCCUAUAUGCCCCGUAGCACAUGCAAGGAGUCUAAUACUCACUGCUGCUGACUGGUGCGGCUGGGUGAGGGUGCAGGGAUCCUGAAGCUGGCGGGGGAUUUCACAUCCCAGCAUGCCCAGUCAUCAUGCCAGUCGGCCUUGCCAACCUUAAUUAGGUGAAACGGUGAAAACAUUCCCCUUCAAGAGGGUUUAUGGUGCAGCUUCGAACAAUCGAUACCAAAAACCUCCAGCGUGGAACUGCCCUUUAGCCAUGGGCAGAGUCUCCCCGGUCAGGAGAGAUCAGCGGGAGACCGCCUCCAUAUGAGGUCUCUGUAUCCAGCGGCAGCUUUCUCUACUAACUCUAUCUUUCUGCUAAAUGUGACGUAAAGCAACCCAUGUUUGGGAUGAAUCCAGUGUUUCACUUUUGAUUUAAUUUCAUUGUUAGGUUUCUGUUACAAAAGCUGUGUUGAUGGUUGUUUUCUUCAGCUUGGAUGAUGCAAAGUCAUGCCAAAAUGUUGAGACAUGCAAUGGGAUGUAGAAAGAGCCCUCCUAAACAGGACGUACAAUCAUAGAGGGAUGGGGAUCGUAGCACUUUUGUGAGGCUUUUGAUGGCAUGAAUGUGUAUAUAUGUGUGUGUAUGUGUCCCCAUUAGGCAUACUGUGAGGGAAGCAGUGAUUCAGCAAAGUGGUUGAUAACUGAUUUUUAACUGUUGAACACGUGUGCAACCAUGUGGGACAAAUGUUGUUUGGUACAUUUGCUGUUGGAAAAUGCUUUUAAUCCAAGCAAUGGCUGACAGUGUUUAUUAGGUUUUUUUAUGUAGACCCUUCAUUCUUACAUUGAUUCAUUCAUUCAUAUAAGUCAUGGAGCUUGAUGACUUGAGUCAAAGAGAUGCAGAACUUGCACUUUGUAUUAAAGCGCACUAAUAUCCAACUCCUCUCUGCCAGAUUAGUUGUAAUGACAGUUUUCUGAAGGACAUUUAGGGCCCAAUAUUAUUUGUGUUUCUCUUCCCAAAAAUCUCAGAAUCUAUAAAAAGUAUUUGUUCAGAUUAUUAAAAAUAUCUGGAUAAAUCAGAUCCUUGAAAAAACAUUUGCGCCAUAAACACUGUAGUUUAACCAUUUUAUACUUGGUUAAAGGUAGUCAGAUGCAUAAUGAGCAGCUCAUUAGCAUUUUGUCCCCAUUUGUCUUGUCACUUUGUAUUACCUCAUUUUCUGCUAAUCCCACGAGAGGACCUAAUUUACGGAAAACUGACAGGAUGAGUGUCUUCUUGAUCAGCUUCUUUAAAAAAUCAUGGUAUUUUUAGAUACAAAUCAAUAAACAAUGAAAAUGAUGAGCCUUAAGUACACUCUAAAACGAAUGUGUUACAUUCAGCACAUUUCUGUGUUGUUUUUAGGAACGCAUUAAAAACAGUGUGCCCAAAACUACACAGAUACACCAAGAUUUCAAUACCAUUUAAAGUUUUUAAAUGUAAAGUUAAAACUGUAGUGCUGGCCAGCAUGCAACAAACACAACUCACAGUUCUUCACCUCUUUAAUUGAAACCCUCCUGACAUCGAGCAGACCUCAAACUUCAGAUACAAUUUCACAUUCAGUUCCCUUCAUGUCUCGCAGCCUGCUGAAGCAGGUUUUCUGUCACAGUGUUGCUCCAGGUCUCCUGUCGUCUCUCAGGCUCCUCCAGGCCAGCUACCUGCUGUCCCACAGCUCUGAUUAGCAUUAGCACUAUCGGGUCCUCUUCUCUAGUUGCAGCUCAGCUAAUGAGAUAGCUCUGAGUCACAGGGAAACCGAGUGGUCUGGAGAAAAAAACAACAGGGACCUUGAGCCGGACCGAUUCCAGCGCUCUGUACCCAGUGGACAGAUUUGAUGUUGAACAAACAGAAGAUCCCGUUAGCAUAGAGAAAUGCCAGGAGACAGUGAGAUAUUUGUCAAAGAGCCUAAGCUGUGAUGAAAAAAAGGAUUUAAAAAAUCAUUUACCCACAUGAAUAUCCAAAUCAUUAAAUCAGCCCUUGCAUUUUAUCUCAUGGAUUACAGAUUAAAUAAAUUACCAUUUAUCUGCAAAGUCCCAACCCUCCCUUUUCCUUCACAGCUAAAGUGCCAUUCUUGUUUCCCUCCAUCCCUCCAUCCUCACCCCAUCUCUCCCUCUCUGUCCACAGCAGUUGUCCAUGCACUAUCAGCUGCAGGAAUGCUGAAUGCACACUUUACACAUUUUGCCCAAAGAUUUGCAUAUUUGCAAGUUAACUGCUGUGAAUGUAGUAGAUGUAGAGGAAAGAGCGGCGAGGCAGAGACGCAGAAAAGGAUUAGUGGAUGGAAGGUGGAAGGAGAGGGAUUGUUUUUCUUACAUGAUCGUCCCAUUAAAUCUUAAUUACCGGUAUGCUCCGACUCUUCAUGCUUCAUAACAUUCUCAGUCUCUUGUCUACUGUCAGCUGGAGCCGAACUCAUUACUCACAAAUGUAAAAUAAUGUUCUCAUGGUCUUAUAGGGUGCCCAGUAUAGUGGCGCUAGCAGCUUAAGCAGGAGUGAAGAAGCUUUAGUUUAAGUUAGCUUCUUAGCACACUGAAAAUAGCACUGUCAAUUCUCAUAUUUCAAAGUUAAAGGUGGGCUGGAGUCUCUGGAAAUGUUAAAGAGUAGACUGUGGAAACCUAUGUUACAUCACCAACUUCGAAUAAAACCAUUCCCAUACAUCAAAUGGUCACUGUUCAUUGAAAAUCCAGAAGAGUUCUGUAGUUUGGGGGUCACUAAAGGCACUUUCACACUGGCAGGGUUGUCCAAAUCUGGGAUUGGUUUGCCUAAAAACUCCAAAGUCAGAUGCAGAAGCAGAAAUUGCACCCAAAUCCACCCAAAUAAUGUGCUGUCUGAAAUCACUGCCUGAUGAACUGAAGUACGAUUCGGGGGCAGUAGUUUGUACCCAAAAAGGAGAAAUUUGUAUGCAUGCAUGUCAUGACAACAUUAUUACUGUUGCAGUAUAGUGCAACAGGAACUGUUGAGCUUUGGUAAGGGAUUUAUGCAAACAUACCACAGAUUAUGGGCUUGUUGCACCAAAUUUGCAACAUCCGAGCUGCAAUUUGCAAAGGUAGACCAUUUCCUCUCACGUACAUUUGCCAUUUGUAAUUGACCAUCAUUUAUAAAAUGGAGAACUGCAAUCGGUGUUUUAGCACUGCUCACAAAUUGCUUCUGUGAAACGGACAAGUGUGACAGGAGACCAGAAGGGUUAGGAGAAGAAAGGCAAACAAACUCAUCUUUGGACUCAAACCAACAAACCCAGUGUGAAAACUGCCUUUAGACAUCGUCCCCAGGAAGUUGUUUGCACACAGUCCUUUGAUGGACCAGGCUUUAGUCUCCACAGUUUUCCACCAUAUCACCCUGAAGAAGGAUUGUCACUUUAGGCAGCUUUUGUAAAUAGCGUGAGAUCUUACAUACAGACCGCUCUGUGUGAAAUUAACUGUACGUGGCGACAGCACCGUCUCAGACAUUUCAGCGUUUCUAUAGAUCUGCUUUAGUUCUUGCAAACAUUGCACUACAUGAUCAUACUUAGCUAUUGCACUCUCCAUGUGCACGCACUGCUAGCAUAGUCUGUUGGAGCACUCUGUCAAAUAUCCACUUAACAUUUGUUACACGUCCAGGAUGCACUUUGCCACCAAGAACCAUUUACUACAGGUCCACUCAUGAUAGAUCAGAGUGACAUAUCAACUUAAACCUCCAGUGAAAUGCCUUUUUCAUCACCGUUAUUCCGGGGGAAUGUGUUGUACUUUAAACAUUCAGUCAUGCUGUGACUUGGUUAAACUUUCUUGGUAAUCAGUGGCAUCCCGGAGUGACUCUGUCUGUCUGUAACUACUGUGUUUGUCCAUGCUUGAUGUGUCAGUAUAUAAGAGAUUCACAGAUCUUUACCCCUCUCCUUGUGUGUAUAUUUCACCUCACCCACACCAAACCCUCUCCACGAAAACCACAACCGUCAGAGCCCUCUGGGGCCAACUAUAGUCUUCAGAUAUCCAGCUGUACUAGGAAGUAUUCUCAAGAGCUAUGCAGCUUGGGAGCUCCAAGCAGUUCUUUGGUGAGACUGCAAUAACCUUUCCACCUUGCCAGCUAAAUGUCCUCGGUACAGUUUGUUUAAGUUCAGUCGACCCAUCCUUGUAGGUGCUUUUCCAUCUCUGUCAGUUUAUCUGCUCAGUUAGACCCUAAUGCCUGACGCAGAGUUUGGCCAGAUGUUCCCCCUCUCAGUAUGUGGAAAAAAGAUUGGUAUCCAAAAAUGUUUGUUUUUGGUACAUAACUCCAUAAAACAGUACUGCAUCAUAUCAAAGGAAAUCAACAAACUUAGUGAUCGAAUGUGGCAUUCAAUUUUUUGUCAAUUAACUUAAAGGAAGGUAUCGAAGAUCACCGGCUGGCCAAAUGUGUUAUUUCUGUCACAUUUUUUUUUCAAAUUUUAUGAUCCUCAACAAGUAAAAAAGAAAAUAUUCAGAAUGUGUUGCUAACUAACCAUUACAAUUACAGAAAAUGUCUUUUAUACCAUAAAGUCUUUUUGACAGUUGAAGUAUCAAAAACUCAUGACAAUGUAGAAACCGAAGAAUCCCUGAUACUGUCAAUCAACGUCGCUUUGGUCCUCAGACCUUCAUAAGUGACUAUUUACGGGAUUCUUUUGUUUAAAUUCUUACUUAAAAUUUAAAUUCAGUCCUCCUUAUUGGUUGUGACCACAUGUUGCUGCUCACCAGCUGUUUUUCAGAGAUCGAGGACACGUUGAAGAAGACACAGAACAACUUUAAAUGUCUCCUUCAGGUUCAAGUGCCAAACAAACGUUUUAAGGUAAUUUUGGUGAAAUUUGACAUUUAGAAAUGUGCAUGAUGCUAAUCUUGCUUGCCUAAGUGGAUGUUGUUAUAAAGCUGUAUUAAAUGGAGAACCCAUCUCCAAAAUCUCUGCUAAGCAUUUGGUGAGUUACAUAUGAUCAUAAUCAAUAAGAUGGAUGGCCUAAAUAAGCCAUAUUAAAAGGAAUUACAUUUUGGUGCCAAUCAUCCUGCCACAUACUGGGAAAAGUGACCAAUCCAGUGUCACCAUUUAGCAAAAGCUGUAUUUUAGCACCUUUAUAUCAUCCAGGGUGUGUACAAGGUGAGCUCAAAGCAUAAUUGUUAAAGGAUCACAACUAAAUAUUUCCUGGGAUGAGUUGAAAUGUAGACGAAAGAGAAAACAGCAGAUGUGUUUUACGUCUCAUCUGUCCUACAGGGGCUCUGUUACCGUUCAUAUCAACCUUCAGUCCAUAAACCUUCACUCCACACCCGCCUUCCUCUCCUCUGUCACCGUCACUUCUGUUGAGUUUUUUAUUUUAUUUUUAUUUUGAGUUCUCUUGUUUUACUUACAAUUUUUUGCUGUACAAAGUGUUUAAAAUAUUAUUUGUAUUAUAUGAUGUUAGUAUGGUAAUGUUCUUUAUUAAGGAAGAAGAAAAUUUAUUUUUGUUACUGGUCUGUUUCAUAAUUCUUUUCUAAAUUGGUAUUGUAAGAUAUCUAUGCAAGAACUGUUAAGUGGAGCAUUUUUAUUUAAGAAUGUAAUAUGUGUAAUAAAUGGUAGAAUCUG